AUGAAGCACAUAGCAAUAAAUUUUAUUCUUCUGCUUCUUUACUUUAUAAGCACUAUCAACAAAAUACAAUGUACCUGCGUUCUAGAAUCAGAUUUUGGGUUUGCCAUAAACUGUAACUUUAAAAAGUCUGGAUUAUUUCGAGUUAGAAAUUUAGGUGGCGCUAAAGCGUAUAUUGGUUUAGGUUUUAGUUUAGGAGAUGAGCUUGGAUUUCCCGAGUCACUUGGAAAUGUAGAAGGAAGCAGAAGGAGAGCUUUAAAUUUAAAAACUAGUUCAAAUGCCAUUGGCAAGCCAGUUGCCAAACCGCCAAACAAUCCAACGCCGAAAAUACAGCAGAGUCUGCCACAGGCAGUGACUUCACAACAUCAGAUGCUGCAAUACCAAUCAACACUACAGAGACCUGUUGUUUCUUCACCACAUGGUUUUCGAAGAUCUCCAUAUUUGACACAUGAUACUUCAUUAUCUUCUGGCAAUUCAGCGGUGCCGCCAUUCAAGCCAAUACCAUCGGAAACAUUACAAUCAAAUACCCAAAAUGUUAAUGAUGACCGACAAAAUUUCAAUUAUGGCAAUCAAAUCUCAUUGAGUGAGGUACCUUCUUUUAAAGGAAUCGGUGAAGAUCAUUUCAAGAUCAAUGCGCAAGCUUUAACUCAAGAUAAAGAGGAUGUUGAAACACUUCCACAAAUUGAUUUAAAAGGUCACACGAUCGAGGAAUUGGCAGAGUUUGCAAAUGUUACAGUUGAUGUGAUCAAAGCUGCAAUUAAAAUUCGUCAAGAACAAAUUAAAAGUGCUCAAAAAUACUACACAAAUAAUUUUACGAAAAGGAAGACUGCUUUACCAACAGAAAGUGUCACUCAGUUAUCGACAGUUACACAAAAAACAACUAAAUUUGUUACACCAACCAUUCCUCAGACAACACCAAAGAAAAAAGUUACUAAAUAUUUAUAUACGAAGGGUCAUAAGGUGAUGAAUGCACCAAAAGAGUAUUAUCCAUCGGGUUAUGACAAAAACUUUGACGAUAACUUUAGAUCAAAGGUUGAUUUACCAUCAACAUCGUUUCAUUGUGGAGAUCAAAAACAUUUCCCUGGAUUAUAUGCUGAUGAAGAUUUGGCGUGCAUGGUGUUCCAUGUAUGUGCAUUAACAGACGAUGGUCUUAUUAUGAAGUCAUUUUUAUGUCCGGAAAGUACACUUUUUGAUCAGACUAUAUUGAAAUGUAAUUGGUGGUUCUAUACUGACUGUAAAAGUAGCCAAACACUCUACGACUCAAACUUGCCUGUAUCAAAGAGCUAUCAAUUGAUGAAAUCCUUAGCAUUCUUCAAUGCAAAUUAUAAGAAACCGGGAAAUAAUACAGUCGAAGGCGAAGGAAUCGACGUGCAGUCAUUGAGAAAUUCAGUAAACUAA